AAGAACGAGAAUGAGAACGAGAGUUGUUUUUGACAAAGUUUAUAGAAUUAGCAAAUCAAAUUUCAUCAUUAAAAGGAAGUGAAGUGAGUUUGCCUACGAUAGUUUCACCAUCAAGUGAGACCCCUACACCAAUGGAGCCUGUAGGAUAAUCAGAAGCCUAGAUUAUUGGCAGAAAAUGGUGAUACUGUUGCUAUUGGACGAAUAAUGGCAACAAGCGGAACAAUUCAUUGUGUUGACUUAAGAGAGGGUAACUAUCGUGUGCGGGUGGAUGAGUGCUGCAAUAAUGAUGCUAAACUUAUUUUUCCUAUUAAGGAUGAGAUCAUUUUUGUACGUCAUGCUGUCGGUUACUUUGUUGAGUGGCCAUCUCAUCUGAUCAUUCCAUACGAUUCAAAUUUGCUACCUAAGAAGACAAAGAAGCAAAAAAUAAAUAGUUCACCAAUACCUAAUGCCCCAAUGACACAAGACAAGUCUCAUCCUUCCCAAAGACUUCCUAGUCAAAAUGAAGUAGUGUCAAGUAAAGCUAGUGCCCCGAUACUCUUCAAGAUUCCUAGUGGGGUUCCUCACUCUCUCAAGUGUUUAUUAACUACUGUGAAGUAUGUGGAGCCAAGUUUCAUGGUCAAAGUUCCGAUGGAUUUCGAGAUAUUAGGUAAUGAGAAUGAUUUAUAUAUCUCACAAGAAGAUAUAGUCCACUUUGGCUUAAUGGAGGAGAUUGGAGCAUCAUGUAUAUCGUUAUAUAUCAGGAUUUUAUACUUCCAAUUAGUGAAAAGAGAGAUCAGUCACUUUUUUCGUUUUGUUGAGCCAAUUUGGUUAUCAAAUGUUGGAUCUACUGAAGAAGAACGAGUUGAAUGGAUAUCAAAGCGUAUGAUUAAUUCAAAUCCAGGUCAAAUGUGGUUGUUGCCAUAUCAUAAGGGAAAUCAUUGGAUGCUUAUAAUAAUGGAUUUUGAUCACCAAUUGUGCUAUUUCCUGGAUUCUCUUGACAAUUUUCCACUAGAUGAAAUCAAAUCUCUCAUUUCUCGUGUUUUUCAACAUUUGCGCACAAAUAAUACGAAAACUAAGGAAGUCGCAUGGAGAACUGUUAAGUGUCCUCGUCAACCAUCAAAAUCAGUACAAUGUGGAUUCUAUGUUAUGAGGAUGAUGAAAGACUUCGUGACAAAUGAGUUUUCAAUGCGAUGGCUAACUAGUAAAUGUGGCGGGAAGAAUUCUUACACAAAGGAUGAGAUCAAUGAAGUACAUGAAGAAUGGGCACAAUGCGUUAUGGAUUUGAUGAGUACUACAUAAGUCUACUCACUUUUGUUAACUUAGACUUUUAAAGAGAUAUACUUAUAAUAACUUAGACUUUCUUAGAGAAACACACACUUUUAUUGUCUAACUAUUGUUUACACUUUUGUUGCUUAUAUGAGUAAUUUUGUAAUUAACUUAAGACUCAUCAUUAUUUUGGAUAUUUAAUUCAAAUUCUAGUAUUUUAUAUUACUGUGAUA